AUGGCAAAGGAACUUCCACGAUACGUGGACACGGUGAUUAUAGGCAAUGGGCCUUCUGCACUGAUUCUAUCAUACAUACUACACGGCUGGAUUCCAUACUACAUCGGCGGCCACUAUGAUUCCAUCCUCGAUGCGAAGCUGCAGGAACGCACUUGUCUUCUCGACCUGACGCCCGACCUGUACGCACAUUUCCAAGCCUCGUUGAGAUACUCGACGCAGGCGCUCCCCGUAAACACUCUGCUCGACACUCUGCUGAGGCCGAAUGCGGACACGGAGAUCAACCCGACAUCAUGCAUUGAGUGGCGCUUCGAGCCCGAGAGGGCGAUCGAGCACGUCGCGAUCGGGCAGACGGCGAGGCCCGGCGGGCAAUGGGCGGAGGACACGAUCGAAGCGAGCAGAGACAUAGGCACGCUGAGCUAUGCGGAGCAAUUGUCUCUGCCCGGAUACACGUAUUCCGAUCAUGUGAAAAGAGCAGGGACGGAAGGGCAGCAGUGCGAUUUCGUGCGGCCCUCCCGCAAGCAGGUUGCGGAGUAUCUCGAGGCGUACCCGCAGGCUGUCGGGAUCGCAGACGCGAUAUACACUGCGACGGAAGUGAAGGAUGUUCGACGGACGAGCAGCGGGGGGUUCGAGAUUGGGAAUCUGGGGGUGCGAUGUAAACAUCUGGUUUUGGCGUCGGGCAUCUUCACGGUCAAUCUUCCGCCUCCGCCCUUGCUUGAACCCGUCUCGCGCCUGGAGGACACCCGGGAACCGCUGUUGGUCAUUGGGUCUGGGUUCUCAGCAGCGGAUGUUAUUAUAUCUGCCGCCACGGAUCGCAAGAUCAUACACAUCUUCCAAUGGGCGCCAGAAAGUCGAGCGUCACCACUCCGCGGAUGCCACCACACUGCGUAUCCAGAGUACGCGACCGUAUACCGCCAGAUGAAGCUGUCGACCAUCAACAACAGCAAAGCCCUAGCCGCCAAAUCCCCCAUGCUGCGACGAAAAUCGAACCCUUUUUUCACCCAGCGAGACUGGACCUCACUCUACGAAGGUCUCCCCAACGCUGAAAUCCUCUCCGUCGCCAUGGCCCCCGACUCCACCUCUGCCAGUGUCGAAAUCCGCACCUCCUCCGGCGACAUCAUCACCCGCCGCGUCGGGGGCCUAGAGUACGUCGUCGGCCGCCGCGGAACCCUAGACUACCUCUCUCCGCCCCUACGCGUCUCCGUGCUCGACGGAGCAGCAACAACGCAAGCCCCUCACCCACAAUCCACGAGCAUAAUCUCCGGCCGCACCCUCCGCAGCAAAGCCGAAUCCACCCUCGAAGUCUCCCCUAACGUCUUCAUCAUCGGCUCUCUAGCCGGCGACUCGCUGAUCCGGCACGCGGUCGGCGGGUGCGUCUACGCCGCAGGCCGCAUCCUCGACGCCAUACCGACAUCGCUAUCCUCUCACCCCUCACCCACACUACUCCCCUGCUCGUCUACAGAGACGCCAACCACGACGACCGCAUCGUCCUCUCACAAAGCAGAUAGCGAUGCAGGUGGCUCCACGUCGCCGACGACGACGGAGGCUUCGUGCGCGAGCCAGCACUCCGCGGCGGUGCUGACGAACGGACACUCCGAUCUGCAUCUCGACAGGCGGAAGCUGGCGCGCGCGGUUGAGCAGGCGAGCGAGCAGAAUAGAGCGUGGGUUGAGACCGGGUGGUGGGCUGGGGGUGGGAGCGUGGGAGGAUGGCCGGGGACGUUGAAUUGA